CGCUGUCACCCGGCCCCGCGCAGACCUGCUCCGGCCCGAGCCACUCGGCGGGUCCGUGGCCUUUUCGAUUUCUGUUCUCGAAGUCCGGCCUGGGAUGCUGAUGAGGAGGCUGUGGAGGGGGAACCGCGAGUGUCCUGGGAAGCAAGGCCUGCUGCGUGCGGAUCAGAAACGCCCAGCGAGAACAGAUGUAAAUUCCCGCGGAAAGGAUCUUGCCAACUGCCUUGAGUGGAUGAAGAAAGCUGAGUGUGUCUUCAUGCCUGCACCUUUGAGGCCUGCUAACUGGUGUUUUGAGGCGUAUGUUGCAUCCUUCUGGGCCACGAGUAGAUUCAGAGCUAGAGUGAGAGAGCCCGGCGUGGUGGCAAACGACUGUAAUCCCAGCACUGCAGAGACGGAGGCAGGAGGAUCCCCAGAAGCUUGAGGCAGCCCAGCCAGCCAUACAUAGUGAGUUCAAGGCCAGCCCAAACCACAUGCACCUUCUUUUGGACCCUUGGUUGCCCACUGGACAAACACUUGAAAUCUGCAAGUCAUCUUCAGAUCGUAGCAGGACCAUCAGGCCUUUCCUUUGUGUGGGGAGGAGAUAGCCCAUUUGCUGUGGAGAUGAAUGGGGAACAGCAGCUUGAUGCAGAUGCUGGAUCUGGUGUGGAAGAAGUGGAACUAAGCUGGGAAGAUUAUCUAGAAGAGACAGGGUCCAUGGCGGUUCCCUAUGGGUCAUUUAAACAUGUGGACACACGUUUGCAAAAUGGAUUUGCUCCUGGGAUGAAACUGGAGGUGGCUGUGAGAACAGAUCCUGAAACCUUCUGGGUUGCCACCAUCAUUACUACCUGUGAGCAGUUGCUCCUCCUCCGCUAUGAUGGCUAUGGGGAGGAUAGGAGGGCAGACUUCUGGUGUGACAUUAGAAAGGCUGAUCUCUACCCCAUUGGAUGGUGUGAGCAGAAUAAGAAGACCCUUGAAGCCCCAGAAGGCAUCAGAGAUAAAGUGUCUGAUUGGGAUGCGUUUCUGCGGCAGUCCCUGAUGGGAGCAUGUAGUCCUCCUGUUCCACUGCUAGAGGGCCUCCGCCAUGGAAGGAAUCCUUUAGAUCUCAUUGCUCCAGGAUCCAGGCUAGAAUGCCAAGCUUUUCGGGACUCUCUAAGUACUUGGAUUGUUACUGUAGUAGAAAAUAUUGGGGGACGGCUAAAGCUGCAUUAUGAAGGACUUGAAAGUCCUGACAAUUUCGAACAUUGGUUGUAUUACCUGGAUCCAUUUCUUCAUCAUGUUGGCUGGGCUGCUCAACAAGGAUAUGAACUUCAGCCCCCAUUAGCCAUCAGACAUAUGAAAAAUGAAGCUGAGUGGCAGGAGAUUUUGGCCAAAGUCAAAGAGGAGGAAGAACCAUUACCAUCUUAUUUAUUUAAGGACAAACAGGUUAUUGGCAUUCAUACAUUCUCUGUAAAUAUGAAAUUGGAAGCUGUGGACCCAUGUUCACCUUUUGAGAUCUCUCCUGCUACAGUUGUUAAGGUUUUUGAUGAGAAGUACUUUCUGGUGGAGAUGGAUGACUUGCGACCAGAAGGCCAUGCACGGCGAUCAUUUGUGUGCCAUGUUAACAGUCCUGGCAUCUUCCCUGUUCAGUGGAGUCUAAAGAAUGGUAUACACAUCAGCCCACCUCCAGGCUACCCAAGCCAGGACUUUGAUUGGGCCGACUACCUCAAACAAUGUGGUGCUGAAGCUGCCCCCCAGCGGUGCUUCCCUCAGUCAGUUUCUGAGCAUGAGUUUAAGGAGAACAUGAAGCUGGAGGCAGUGAACCCUCUUCUCCCUGAAGAAGUAUGCAUUGCCACCAUUACUGCAGUCAGAGGCUCCUACCUGUGGCUUCAGCUGGAGGGGUCUAAGAAGCCUGUACCCGAAUGUAUUGUGAGUGUGGAAUCUAUGGAUAUAUUUCCUUUGGGCUGGUGUGAGACCAAUGGCCACCCCCUCAGCUCUCCUCGCCGGGCACGAGUCCAUAAACAGAGGAAAAUUGCGGUGGUUCAACCAGAAAAACAAAUACCAUCCUCAAGGACUCUUCAUGAGGGCCUAAAGAGUCAAGAGCUGAACUCUGCAGACUCAGUUACAAUUAAUGGAAAAUAUUGCUGUCCAAAGAUAUAUUUCAAUCACCGUUGCUUCUCAGGGCCAUAUCUUAACAAAGGAAGAAUUGCUGAACUCCCACAAUGUGUAGGACCUGGGAACUGUGUUCUGGUCCUCAGAGAGGUCCUCACUUUACUUAUCAAUGCAGCCUAUAAGCCUAGUCGUGUUCUUCGGGAGCUCCAGCUGGACAAAGACUCUGUGUGGCAUGGUUGUGGGGAAGUUCUAAAAGCCAAAUAUAAAGGAAAGAGUUAUCGGGCUACUGUUGAAAUAGUGAAAACAGCAGAUCGGGUGACUGAAUUCUGCCGGCAAACCUGUAUCAAACUGGAAUGCUGUCCUAACCUCUUUGGUCCACGGAUGGUUCUGGAUACGUGUUCUGAGAACUGCUCUGUACUUACAAAGACCAAAUACAAUACUAGAGAGGAUUUGGAAUAUUCCCAACAAAAAAGAAAUGCACACUAUUACGGAAAGAAGAAAAAUAAAAGAAUUGGGAGGCCACCUGGUGGGCAUAGUAACUUAGCUUGUGCCCUGAAAAAAGCCAGUAAGAGAAGAAAGAGGCGGAAAAAUGUUUUUGUUCAUAAGAAGAAACGCUCCUCUGCAUCUGUUGACAAUACCCCAGUGGGCUCACCCCAGGGAAGUGGGGUUGAAGAUGAAGAUGAUGUAGAUGAAGGGGAUGAUGAUUCCCUAAGUGAAGGCAGUACAUCAGAGCAGCAGGAUGAGUUACAGGAAGAGUCAGAAAUGUCAGAAAAAAAGUCAUGCUCCUCCUCUCCCACCCAAAGUGAGAUGUCCACCUCGCUGCUCCCAGACAGACAAAGAAGGAAAAGAGAGCUUCGUACUUUUUCAUUUUCUGAUGAUGAAAAUAAACCUCCUUCACCAAAGGAAAUAAGGAUUGAAGUUGCUGAAAGACUUCAUCUGGAUAGUAACCCCCUGAAGUGGAGUGUGGCAGAUGUUGUGCGGUUCAUCAGAUCCACCGACUGUGCUCCAUUAGCAAGAAUAUUCCUAGACCAGGAAAUCGAUGGGCAGGCCCUGUUGCUCCUUACCCUUCCCACCGUUCAAGAGUGCAUGGACUUAAAAUUGGGCCCUGCCAUCAAACUCUGCCAUCACAUAGAGAGGAUCAAGUUUGCUUUUUAUGAGCAGUUUGCCAACUGAGAAGGACAACCAAAGUGAGCUGGACCUUUGAAGCACAAAUGCAGCAAAUCCUUCACCCUGUUCUAGAAAUGGAGCUGAAUAGUCCUGGGGCUCUGGGCCCUGUGGGUGUUGGCUUGCUCUCUUUGCACUUUCAGAGAAGGAGGACCCACACUGAGGAAGCAAAACCGGCACAAAAGUGGCUCUCCUGCCAGUGGAAAUGUGGACAUCUUAUGUUCAGCAGAUUGCAGUUUUUAAAAAAUAAAGAUUGUGAAGAAAAAACUCACAGGAAGAGUAAGCAUUUCCAGUGGUGUGGACUGAAAACAAAGAAUAAUCUAGGUGACUGGGUGGCACCUUUUUAGUGUUCUUUCAUCCUGUUUUUCCCACUAGAUUGAACUUUGUUGUCUGCUUUUUUUUUGAAAGAGAGGACAUAGCUUUAAGUCAGCACUGAUUGUGACUAUGCCUAAGGUACAUCAGUGCUUUGUUGUCAUUGUGUUUUUAAGCUUCAAAAAAUUAAAACAGUUCAUUUUGGGGAUAAUUAUGUGGCUCCAAGGUUUUGAAUGUAUAGUCAUACUUUGAUCUAUUUUAAAAUUUGUUCUUAAAAGUUUCUUUGUUUACUACCUCUGUUGAUUAUUGAGCUUACGGCCAUGAAUGAGGUUUUUUGGUAUGACACCAUUUUAAAGCUAGUGAACACUAAAACUAUGACAGAAGUUGUGGGGGGAGAAAAACACUGUUUGCUAUCAUAAGAACAUUACGUGGGCACAGGAAAAUCUAACAGGCACUUAAACCAGUUCCUCAACAGACUUGACCUAGGAACUCUGCCAUCACUGUUCUCCAUCUUGACCCAGAUGUAGGGUUAAAUAACCUCAUGAAGAUUGUUAAUAUUUCAGUUUGAUUACUCUGUCCCUAUUCGUUCUUAGAGUAUUCAGGUAGCUUUUGUUUUGUAUUUACUUUUUCUCUAGAAUUGUUUGUCUACCUCUCUUUCAUUUUUGAACUCCUUACUUCUGGUGAAAAUCAGGUAUUCCUAUGACCCAAUGUAAAGAAAGGCCAUUUCUCUGUAACCCCAGCACACAAGGCUGAGGCAGGAGGAUUGUCAUAAAUUCAAAACCAGCCUGGGCUAC